GCUGCAUGUAUGUGCAUGUCAUACCGGAGUAAAGAGACUGUGUAUUAAGUCUGUCAUUUCUACUUGAAUUGCUCCUCACUAGUUGUAGAUAAAUAUCUCUUCUUUGAAUCUUUCUAUCUGUACCUCGAGGAAUGUCCAUUGUAAUCCAGCUGUAGUUGACUCUGGCCAGUCUGCAGCAAGAUGAGCUCAGAGGAGCGCAGCUCAGCCAUGUCACAGAAGAUCUCCUCCUUGUCACGCAGCAACAGCAGCUCCUCGUCCAAACAUGACAGUCGACAGGACAGUUGGGAAAUAGUGGAAGGCCUGCGUGGAGGAUUCAGCAGUGUUCUUGAGCCCCAGAAACAGGAGGGCUACAUGCUGAAAAGGAGGAAGUGGCCUAUGAAGGGUUGGCAUAAGAGAUACUUUUUCUUGGACAAGGGAAUUCUUAAGUAUGGCAAAUGCAGCACUGAUAUUGAGAAAGGGAAAUUGCGUGGUUGCAUUGAUGUGGGUCUCUCCGUCAUGGCCAUUAAAAAGAAGACCAAGUGUAUUGAUCUUGACGCCGAGGAAAACAUCUAUCACCUGAAGAUGAAGUCACAGGAGAUGUUUGAUGAAUGGGUUUCGAAGCUGCGUCACCAUCGGCUUUACCGGCAAAAUGAGACUGCAAUGUGCACUAACGAGAAGUCCUUCUACUAUCCCCACUACCCCUCCCCCAACUCCCCCAGCAUGGUCGAGGGUGCCUCUAUCAGAAGGUGCAUGUCUAUACGAAGACAGUCCACAGUGCAUUCUGCAGGAACCUUCCCCUUAAGCUCCAACAGCCAGGCGAAAGUCGCUGCCUGGCUCCAGUCAUCUGAUGACAUGGACAAAUGCUCCAAAGACUUGUCAGUAUGUGAGAGCUACCUGCUGGAGCUUAACCACCUGCUACAAAGCAUGGAAGUCCUUCACCGCACCUACUCUGCACCAUCCAUCCAAGCACUACAGACAUCUACAUUUGACAGCCCCAAAAAAGAAAAGAGACUUCCAAGGAAAUGGCGCAAUAAAAACUACAAUAAAGAUGUCAAAACAACUCUGCAGGUACCAAGCUGCAUCUCCUCUGGUGCUGUCCGGCUCCAUGCCUCUAACCCCAACCUUUCUACAGCCGCACUCGGGAAUGAAAAAGCCGACCCUGAAACCACGGAUUCCCCUUUUGAUGUGGCAAAACUGCAGGAGGAUUUUUGCCGUGUUGCAACAAACUUGCACACAACCAUGAAGUUAGUACUGAGUUCACUAACAUCUGAAAGGGAGAGAUUAAAGCAAAUUCUGGAUCACGAAUCAUGUCCCCCGACCUCACCACAAGUUGUUAAUUUGAAGAACACUCUGGCAGCGGCUUUAGCCCAGAACUCUGAGCUGAGAGAGCGCCUGAGCAAGAUUCAUGCUGAGUCCCACAUCACAGAGCCCACACUAAUAAAUCUCACUGCCCCUGUGCAGAAACAGGACUCUAUAGAUGACUCCAAUCCCCUCAAACACCAAAUAUCCAAUGAGAGCAGAGCUUCAAUUGCAGAGUCAUUGUCUGAGUUUUUUGAUGCACAGGAGGUUCUAUUGUCUGCUAGUUCCUCUGAAAAUGAGGUAUCUGAUGAUGACUCAUACAUCAGUGAUAUUAGUGACAACUUUUCCAUGGACAAUUUCAGCAAUGAAACAGAAAGUGAAAGACCAAAUUCAGGCUCCGUAGAAGAAGGCCCUGUCUAUUGUCAACGUCGAUCCUGUCUGCCCUCACCCAGCCCCAGUAACAGCACCAUCAGCCUGUGGAACAUCCUCAGAAACAACAUUGGCAAAGACCUGUCCAAGGUGGCAAUGCCUGUGCAUCUUAAUGAGCCACUCAACACCCUUCAGAGACUGUGUGAAGAGCUGGAGUACAGUGAACUGUUAGACAGGGCUGCUACCACACAGGACCCUUUUGAACGUAUGAUGUACAUAGCCACAUUUGUGGUAUCUGGUUAUGCAUCCAGCUACUACAGAACAGGAGGAAAGCCUUUCAAUCCUGUUCUAGGCGAGACUUACGAAUGUGACCGGCCAGACAAAGGCUUUCAGUUUGUUGCUGAGCAGGUCAGCCAUCACCCACCCAUCUCAGCUUGCCAUGCAGAAUCUAAAAACUUUGUUUUCUGGCAAGAUGUGAGGUGUAAGAACAAAUUCUGGGGAAAGUCGAUGGAGAUUGUUCCUGUCGGCACCACUCAUGUAACUCUACCACGAUUUGGGGACCAUUAUGAAUGGAACAAGGUGACAUCCUGCAUCCACAACAUUCUCAGUGGGCAGCGCUGGAUUGAGCACUAUGGGGAGAUCUUUGUCAAAAACUCUAGCAGUGACAUUUGUCAGUGCAAGAUUACUUUUGUCAAGGCCAAAUACUGGAACUCAAGUGUAAAUGAGGUGGAGGGAACUAUUACAGAUAAUAAAGGAAAGGUCAUCCACAGACUCUUUGGAAAGUGGCACGAAGCAGUUUUCUGUGGAGACCCACCAUCGGCUACAUGCAUCUGGAGAGCAAAUGCGAUGCCAGUGAACCAUGAGCAGUACUAUGGUUUUACAAAAUUUGCAAUGGAACUAAAUGAAAUGGACCCAUUCCUAAAACUGCUGCUAUCACCUACAGACACCCGACUACGAGUGGACCAAAGGCUGCUGGAAGAGGGGAACUUGGAGGCAGCAGAAGAACAAAAGCAGAGGAUUGAACAGCUGCAGAGAGAUAGACGGAGAGUCCUGGAGGAGAACAACGCAUCAUAUCAGCCUAAAUUCUUCAGGAAGUCGAAGGAUGAUACCUGGGUGAGCAACAACACAUAUUGGGAGCUGAGAAAGGACCCUGGCUUUGUCCACAUGGAUUUUCCUACACUGUGGUGACUCCUGAGCUGCUGAUUAUACACAUUUCGACCUGCGCAGCCUCUACUGUGAUCCAGGCUGGUUCUGGUGAUGUCUAUAACCCCAGUCCAAUCAUCCACGUUCAGCAUUCGUUUUCUGUAUUGCAGUUCUUUAAAGUUAUUGCCUUAAUAACAAGUGCUUAUCUAUGUUGUGUAAACACAUUUAUGUUAGCAUGUUAACAGAAUGUUGAUUAGUUUUGGAAAUUUGUGCCCACGUUUCCACACCUAUUAUGCUGUAUUAAAAAAGGAGAAUUUGUUGGUAUAAGGGAUGAUAAAUCAUUUUAUUACUUAAUCCACACUAGCUUGAAAUGUACCGAACAACUGGUCACUUUAACUGUUGUCUUAUCAUUGACAUUCUCUACCUCAGAGAUAAACUAGCCUUGAUAUGCCAUUAAUUGAGUGUACACAUUCAAUAUAUAUUCUGCAUUGCCUGAUGCCUUACUAAGUUGUACUCACAUUGUUUAAUUUAUUUUGUUGCACUGCCUAAAAAUAGAUGUUUUGUAAGGAUGAGCAAGAAUUGUUCAAAUGAUUUCUUUAUCCCCACUGUGCUCAGCUUAUCUUUCUAUCACAACUGUAAUUACUGCUUUUUUUGCUUUUUUUUCUCUAUGACUGUGUAAAUUAUUGUGUACUAUAUAAGCAGCAGUAGCAAAUAUCAAUUUAGUUUUUGUUUGUUUUGAUGUUUUUUUUCACUUUAUUCAUUGCACCAUCGGGACAUGUGGCUUUAGGACCAAAAGCAUCCAAAUGUAUGCACCAUGACAUCAAAUAAAUUCAGAUUCUUUG